GGACACUUGGGGGGUUUCUUGAUCCAAUCUGUCCAUUUGCGCGGCGGAGCAAGCUGGCCGGAGUGUGUGGAUGACUCAGCCGCCUGGACCAUCCCGCCCAACUCGGGCAAAAGCAGACAGAAGCAUCUGCUAUGAUUCCCCCGUGCGAACUGUGCGACUACGUUGGGUUGAUUUGAUUGAAUUACUGGUCGCUUGUGGCAUCGCUACUCACUCUUCACGAUGACCACUCAAGGAGACCCGUUCUAUCUCCGCUACUACUCAGGUCACUCUGGGCGGUUUGGGCAUGAAUUCCUAGAAUUUGAUUUCCGUACCCUCGGCGAUGGACGGAGUGCCGCUGUGCGGUAUGCGAACAAUUCGAAUUACCGCAAUGACUCCCUGAUCCGCAAAGAAAUGUGUGUGAGCGCGGCAAUGAUCCAGGAAGUGAAGCGCAUCAUCAAGGAAAGCGAGAUCUUAAAGGAGGACGAUUCGAAAUGGCCCCAGAAGAACAAGGACGGACGUCAGGAACUGGAGAUCCGACUGGGGAAUGAGCACAUCUCGUUCGAAACCGCCAAAAUCGGCUCCUUGGUGGACGUGACCGAGUCCGCGGACCCGGAAGGUCUCCGGGUGUUCUACUAUCUUGUGCAAGACCUGAAGGCCUUGAUCUUUUCGCUUAUUUCGCUCCAUUUCAAGAUCAAACCUAUCUAAACCCAACACCCAAUGUGACCUGGAAAUGGCAUUGGACGGUUUUUAUCAUUUAUCGAGGGGAGAAUAAAGGGCGUUAUUGAUUCCAUAAUGAAAGUAUUGAGAAUGGACAUAUAUGUGUUCCAAAGGAAUUUCCAACUGUGAUGACGCAAUGCAAAUUGAAUAGCCAACUCAGCUAAGAGAAAAGAAGCCAAAUCAAAUAUAUAUGUAUUGA